AUGACCUGGCAGCCAAGCCAGGAGUCCUUGAGCCAGCUUGCUGUCUGUCUCAAGGACUCCUUGAGCGGCUUCGACAAGAAUGCGCGCAAACAGGCUGAAGAUAUGCUCACGCAGGCCAAGGCCUCGCCCGAUAUCAACAACUACCUCGCCUACCUCUUCUCCAGCGCCGAAGCCCCGGCUGGCGUCCCCUUCAACUCCAUGGAGUACCACCUCGUACGAUCCGCCGCCGCCAUCAUGCUCAAGAACAACGCACGCUCCCAGUACAAGCAAAUCCCCGAGAGCAGCAUGUCCCUCAUCAAAUUGGCCAUUCCCAUGGGAAUUCAGGACAAGAACCCGCAGAUCCGAAGCUACGCUGGUAAUAUUGCGACGGAAAUUAUCAAGAACGGAGGUCUCCUGAGCUGGCCUGAGCUACUGCCUCAGCUCCUGAGUCUGUUGUCGAACGAGUCCGGCCAGGUCCCUGCCGAGGCCCAGGAGGGCGCCAUGCACGCCAUGGCCAAGAUCUGCGAGGACAACGUGAAGCUCCUGGAUCGCGAAGUUAACGGCCAAAGGCCUCUGACUUUCCUCAUGCCCAAGUUCAUCGAGGCCACCAAGAACUCUCUGCCCAAGGUCCGCGCCCAGGCUCUCAGCGCUAUCAACGUCUUCAUACCCCGCAAAUCGCAGGCCAUGCUUAACAACAUUGAUGAUCUGCUAUCCCACCUCUUCACGCUGGCCACGGACGACAACCCCGACGUGCGUCGCCAGGUGUGCCACGCCUUUGUCCAGCUCGUGGAAGCUCGUCCCGACAAGCUGCAACCACACAUCAGCGGACUGGUGGACUACAUCAUUUCGCAGCAAAAGAGUGACGACGAAGAACUGGCCAGCGAGGCUGCCGAAUUCUGGUUGGCCGUCGGCGAGCAUCACGAUCUAUGGCAAUCGCUCUCGCCGUACCUCGACAAGAUCGUCCCGGUCCUGCUGGACUGUAUGGUCUACAGUGGAGAGGAUAUUGCACUCCUUGGUGGCGCGUCAGACGACGAGGACGAGGAGGAUCGCGAGGAAGAUAUCAAGCCGACAUUUGCCAAGAAGUCUGCUGGCAGACAGGCCAACGGACCCGAUGCCUCGGCUGACCCAGGACAAAACGGAAAUGCGUACGAGAAACUGGCCGACAUGGAGGACGACGAUCUGGAAGACGGCGAGAUCGACGAGCUCGAGGAUGGCGAAGAGGGAUUCCGAGGGCCAGUGGACGAUUCGCAAAACCUGAAGCACGAGGAUUGGCAAUACAGAGAAGCUGCCGUACUGGCGCUCGGCGCCGUUGCCGAAGGAGCUAGCCGAGCUGUCACACCUCAUCUUCCCGAGUUGAUACCAUUCCUGUUGACGUCGCUCGAGGAUCCUGAACCCAUCGUCAGACAGAUCACCUGUUGGACGCUGGGUCGGUACUCCCAUUGGGCGGCCGGUUUGACAGACCCAGCGCAGAAGGCUACAUACUUCGAGCCCCUAAUGGACGGCAUUUUGCGCAAGAUGCUCGACAAGAACAAGAAGGUUCAGGAGGCGGCGGCUUCUGCCUUCGCGAACCUAGAGGACCAGUCUGGCAAGGUACUUCAGCCAUAUGUUGUACCGAUUCUGCAACAGUUUGUCCGCUGCUUUGCGCGCUACAAGGACAGGAACAUGUACAUCUUGUAUGAUUGUGUGCAAACGCUCGCCGAGCAGCUUGGACCUUUCAUGGCGCAGCCCGAGAUUGUCAACAUCUUCAUGCCGUCGCUGAUCGAGCGUUAUCAAAAGGUCAAUGAUCAGUCGCGCGAGCUGUUCCCGCUGCUCGAAUGCCUGUCCUACGUUGCCAUGGCGCUCAACGACUCUUUCGCGCCUUACGCCCAGCCUAUCUUUGGUCGUUGCGUCAACAUUAUUCACAUGAACCUCGAGCAGAGCAUGGCUGCGAACAACAACACGGCAGUCGAGUCGCCUGACAAGGACUUCCUCGUCACAAGCCUCGACCUUCUGAGCGCCAUCGUCCAAGCGCUCGAGAGCCAAAAGUCGCAAGAGCUCGUCAGCAAUGCCGAUGCUUCAUUCUUUGAGCUUCUCGGCUUCUGUCUCGAGGAUCCUCAGGACGACGUCCGCCAGUCCGCUUAUGCCCUCCUCGGUGACUGCGCCAAGUACGUCUUCCCGGCUCUGGAGAAGCACCUCGGCACCAUCAUGCCCAUUCUCCUGCAGCAGCUUGACCUUGACAGCAUCCUUGACGAGGAGAUCGACAGCGGCUUCAGCGUUGUCAAUAAUGCCUGCUGGUCGGCUGGCGAGAUUAUCAUGCACAACACAAAGGACAUCUCUACUUACGUUCCUGAACUCCUCCAGCGCCUGGUUGACAUCGUCUCCAACCCGGCCGUCUCGCACGCCGUCACGGAGAACGCCGCCAUUACGAUCGGUCGCCUCGGUUUGCACCACAACGAGCAGCUCGCCAGCAUGCUGCCCAACUUUGCUGAGGACUUCCUCACCUCCAUGGAGACGGUCGAGACGUCCGAGGAGAAGGCCACGGCGUUCAAGGGUUUCACGCUUGUCGUGGCGCGAAACCCGCAGUCCAUGGAGAAGGCGCUGCCACAAUUUUUUGUGGCCAUUGCGAGGUACAGAGACCUGAAGCUGGAGAACCCGACCAAGCAGGAGCUACACCAUCUUUUUCAAAAUAUCCUCAACGUCUACCGUCAAAUGAUCCCCAACUUUGCGGACUUCAUCGGACAGAUGCAGCCACAGGACCAGCAGGCCCUCAAGGCGAACUACUCAUUAUGA